AUGAGUUGCGGUGCGUCAGCAGGAUCAACAAGAACUAACUCUGCCAGCACUGAUCCACAGCCUACUACGAAAGCAGCAGUAACACCAUCAUCAUCAUCGUUCUCUACUUUAUUAAAUCAGCAAUUGGACUCAAAUCGCAUUCCAAAACGGGAUCGUCGUACUGAUACAAAUGAAAUUAUUCAAAAUUUUCUUUUGAUUUGGCUUGAUGCAAAAAUCGAUGAAUCCAAUGAAGAUUAUCAUAAUUCAAUCAAACAUCUGCGACGUACUGUCAAUACUAUCAAAACAUUCCAAGAUACUGAAGAAUGUAUCGAUUAUAUUUCAAAACUUCAAAACGAAAAAGCAUUUCUUAUUAUUUCCGGUGCUUUAUGUCAAACUGUUGUGCCAUGCAUUCAUAACAUGACACAACUGUAUGCAAUUUAUGUCUUUUGUCGGAAACAAGAAAAGUAUGAAGAAUGGGCCAAAGAUUGGUCCAAGGUGAAAGGUAUUUUCAUUGAAAUUAUCCUGAUUUGUAACGUAGUUCAACAAUCUGCUCGACAAUGCGACGAAGAUUCUAUUAUCAUUACUGGAAUAUCAUCACUGAAUCAAAUCGAACCAUCAUUUAUGUAUACACAACUUUUCAAAGAAAUUAUUCUUGAAAUCAAUUUCGAUGAAAAGAAAGAAAUCAACGAUUUAACCGAUUAUGCCCACGAGAACCUACUUGGACUGAUCAAAUAUAAUCAAGGAGAAUACAACAUGGCGGUUGAAUUUUACGAAAAAGCACUAGAUAUCUACGAAAAAACUCUCCCUCCAAAUCAUCCCGACUUGGCUGCUUCCUACAACAACAUCGGUUUGGUAUAUGAUAAGAUGGGCGAGUACUCGAAAACACUUUCAUCGUAUGAACGAUCACUUGAAAUCCGAAAAAUAGCUCUCCCUCCGAAUCAUUCUGACUUGGCUGCUUCCUACCUCAACAUCGGUUCGGUACAUUAUAGUAUGGGCGAAUACUCGAAAGCACUUUCAUCGUAUGAACGAUCACUUGAAAUCCAAAAAUUAGCUCUCCCUCCGAAUCAUCCCGACUUGGCUUCCUCUUACAGCGGUAUCGGCUUAGUAUAUGAUAACAUGCGCGAGUACUCGAAAGCACUUUCCUCGUACGAACGAUCACUUGAAAUUCGAAACAUAGCUCUUCCUUCGAAUCAUCCCGACUUGGCUGCUUCCUAUAAAAACAUCGGUUUGGUAUAUGAUAAGAUGGGCGAAUACUCGAAAGCACUUUCAUCAUACGAACGAUCACUUCAAAUCCGAAAAAUAGCUCUCCCUCCAAAUCAUCCUGAUUUGGCUACUUCCUGCAAUAACAUCGGUAGUGUGUACUCUAACAUGGGCGAGUACUCGAAAGCGCUUUCAUAUUAUGAAAAAGCUCAAGAAAUCUGGAAAAAAUCAUUGCCUCCAACACAUCCGCAUAUUGCACUUGUGAAAAGUAACAUUAAUAUCAUAAAAAAGAAAUUGUAA